AUGGCAGCGCACAAGUCUCUCAACGGUGACCCGAGGCAUCUAGUUCAGAAUCCCAGCCACAACGUCGAGCAUUUUCAGUUGUGGCCGAAAAAUAAGGCGAUUGAGAGCGAUAUCGGGUUUUGCUUCUUUUACUUUGGCUCACCUUUAAGCAACCCUUUCGUGUCCUCAGCGAGUCUUACUUCGAAUGAUCUAUCGACCUCCACCGGCCUACCUCAUCUACUUCCCUCGAAAUCCAAACUUCAUCUACAACCGCAAUUUGCUGCCAUUGACGAUCAACCCAGUAGUCUUUUCUGGUCGUCCACAGGGUUGAGAGUUCCGUUGCCCUAUCAAGACAACCAGUUGUCGACACCCACCCCGCAACAGCCAGACUUGACAACAUCGCCGUCAGUGCGACCCCCCUUUGAUGGUCUCUCCACUACCGAGGAGGUGGCGGACGGGGAGAUCAUUAAUGGGGAUGAUGACCGGCUGCCGCCGCUUAACCUCUCCGUCCUCGCGGACGCAGCCAAAUGUGUCCAGAUGGAACAGUCGUUGCGCGAAGCACGUGACUUUCUGGAUGGACUGCUCACUCGGUUGUCAGUGCCGGCGGAUCUCUGUACCUCUUUUGAGAAUCUCCUUCCGGAAGAUGGAGAGGAAGAAGAAGCGGAGGAGAAUCGCAGGAGUGAGAUGCGGCGCACAAUGCCCACCAGACUCCCGGUGCCACCAGUUUCCUCACCCCCCGCUUUCUCUCCUGUGUUCAAGCAUCUCCUCUCUCUACCUGAAUCUCAGGUCUUGUCCGGAGUCAGCGGCCUUACGCCGGCCUACCGCUGUUUGAUGGACUUGUGUAGCCAGGUCUACGCGGCUAUUGAUCAGUCAAAAAAGAAACUAAGACUCAUCCAGAGAAUACGUGGUCGAAAAAGACGCGAGGAGAGGCUAGAGAGAGAAAGAGCUCAGCAGCAGAGUGUGAAGCUCUGCGAGGUGAACUCUUCUUCAUCAUCAUCGCGACGCCAGGACUCCAGGCGACAUCAGAGGCAGCAAGAACUCACCAAACGCCAACACCGGUUCAGAGAUGCGCUGGGGCAGCUGGUCACUGCUGUUGCUGCGUCCUCGUCCGCCGACGUAGUCCCAACUCCGUCGCUGGGUUCUGAGGUCUGGCCUCCGCCAAGGUUGGCCUCUCCCGGCUACUCCGACCCCUCCGAAUGCCCACUCUCGUUUCUCAGUCUUCUUACCAGCAUCAAAGUCCCGUCGCCACCGGUGGUGGGGACAGAUAGGUCUGCGGUCUCGACGCAGGAGUUGUUAGUGGACAUCAGUUCGCCCGGACUGCAAACCAACUAUUCUGGCCUCCACUCGGUAAUUUGUGCAGCUUAA